AUUGCUCACAUGAAGAAAGAGAUUGACGCAAUACGGGCGAAGGAUAUUGCUCAAGGUGGCUUGACACAAGGGCAACAAACUCAGAUUGCUAGAAAUGAGCAACGGAUAUCACAGAUAAUGGAAGAGCUUGAGAACUUGGAAGAGACGCUGAAUGAAAGUAUUCGGGAAAGUUUAGGUGCAAGAGGGAAGUUGUCCCAUGGUAAGAAGGGCGCUAUAGACGAUGAUGAACAAGAUUAUUUGAGUAACGAUGACGAGUUCUACAAUCGAACAAAGAAGUCCUCAAAGCACAAGCCUGGUGAAAAACAAUCAGUCGAAACAGCUGAUUCUCUUCUUGAUAAGAAGGAUGCCCUUACGAAGCAAAUACAAGAUAAGGAAAAGUUGCUCCUCGAGGACGGUGAAGCAGUAGAGCCAAAUGAGGUGGCUGAAGCUGGCGAUGCACUUGAUGCGUAUAUGUCGGCCGUGUCGUCUCAGCUAG